AUGUUGGAGUCACUCCUUCUCGACAUUUCUUCUCCUGAAAUCGAAUGCAGAUUGGGUUGGAAAUUUGGGAGUGGGUUCAAACGAUUGAAAGAGAUUUUGGAAUUGGAUGGCUAUGGUUUAUUGGAUGAAAAGGGAAAUGGGAAUUGGGAGAGAGUCAGAACAUUUUCUCUAAACGAAUUGAAGAUUGCAACGGAUAACUUUGCGGAUAAAAAUACCCUUUUUAGAGAUGUAUUUGUAAAGUCGUACAAAGGCCGGUUAGAGAAUGGCUUUAUGGUGGUAGUUAAAAGAUUUAAACAGGUGAAGAAAAACAUCUCACCUGCAGAGCAACAAUAUUUUCAUGCAGAAGUUGAAAUGAUGAGAAUUGUUGCCGCGCAUCCAAAUUUACUUGGAGUGAUUGGUGGCUGCCUUAAGCAAAAAGAAAAGCUGCUCGUUUAUCCCUACAUGGCCAACGGAACUGUUGCAUCAUUCUUAAGAGAUCGACCGGAGUCACGACCUCCACUUGAUUGGUCAGUGAGAAAACGGAUAGCAUUGGGGGCAGCAAGGGGUCUAGCCUAUUUGCACGAUGGCUGUGAACGAAAAAUCAUUCAUCGUGAUGUGAAAGCUGCAAAUAUAUAUUUGAAUAAGGACUUUGAUGCAAUUAUUGGUAACUUUGAGUUGGCCAUACACAUGGACCACGGCGUAACUCAUGUGGAAGAAAAAUCUGUACCCGGCGCAAUUCGUCAUAUAGCUCCUGAAUACCUCUCUACGUUAAUUUGUUCAGAGAAAAGUGAUGUUUAUGGUUAUGGUAUGUUUCUUCUUGAGCUCAUCACUGGGCAGAGAGUUGUUGAUCUUGCUAGGAUUGCUAAUGACAAAGAUCUAAUGUUAAUUGAUUGGGUAAAGACACACGUAAAGGAGAAGGAAUGGGUGAGGAUUGUUGAUCCUUAUAUUGGAGGUAAUAGUUAUUAUUACAUUGAAGAAGAAGUGGAGCAAUUGAUUCAAAUAGCUCGGCUCUGCACACAAGACAACCCGGAGAGACGACCCAAUAUGUCGGAUAUUGUGAGGGUAAUGCUACCACUUGGAGUUGGAGAUGGCUUAUUAUUAGCUCAAAGGUGGGAAGAGUUCUGUAACGAAGAAAUAAUGAUCAGAUCCGAUGAGCAAUUGGAUCUAAUUUUACCGGAUAGUCCAAUGCAAUCAGAUGAACUAUCCAGCCCCAGAUGA